CAAAACAAUAUGGAAAUAUAUACUCUUUGUGGGCUGGACCUUACCUUGUAGUAGUGCUGUCUGGAUUCAAAACUGUGAAAGAAGCAAUGACCAGCUUCCCAGAAGAAUUCUCUGAUCGACCAGACUAUGCAUUCUUGAGUACUUCAGGGAAUGGAAGGGGAAUUGUUCUCUCCAAUGGCCACACCUGGAAACAGCAGCGACACAUUGGCAUCACUGCUCUGCGGAAGCUGGGCCUGGGGAAGAAAAGCAUUGAGCAUCAAAUAGAAGAUGGAGCUCAGACAUUGGUGGAGAUAUUUAGACAGACAAAGGGGCAGCCAUUUGACCCAUCACUUCCAGUAAUAAAUGCAGUUUCUAAUGUCAUCUGUGCUUUGAGUUUUGGACAUCAGUUUGCUCCUGACGAUGAAAACUUCCAGAAGUUAAUUAAAGCCCUCGAAACUAUUGUGAAAUUCUCUGGUAGCUUUUUUCAUGGGUUGUUUGUUCUGCUCCCACGAUUAAUGAGCUACCUCCCAGGCUUUCACAAGGAGGCCUUGGCUUCCAUAGAGGUGAUCACUUCCUUUGCAAAGCAGGAAAUAGAAAAGCACAAGAAAUCCAGCGCUCUGCAUGAGCCACAAGAUUUCAUUGAUUACUAUCUUCUUCAGAUUGACAAGAGCAGGAAUGACUCCAAAUCUACCUACAGAGAAGAGAACCUGGCUCUAUGUAUUUUUGAUUUUUUUAUUGCUGGAACAGAGACAACCAUGCUUACUCUGAUGUGGGCACUUCUCCUUUUGACCAAUCAUCCUAACAUCCAAGAGAAAGUCCAGAAAGAGAUUGAAGAUGUGUGUGAAUUCUCACGGUCAAUUUCCUAUCAGGAUCGGAAGAAGCUGCCCUACACCAAUGCUGUGAUUCAUGAAAUACAGCGCGUAAGAUAUAUCUUGACAGCUGGGCUUCCCAGGCAAAAUACAAAGGAUGUGAAGAUCAGGGAUUACCACAUUCCAAAGGGGGCUGCUAUUGUCCUAGACCUGCGCUCCGUUCUUCUUGAUCCUGAACAAUGGGAGACACCUGAAGAAUUCAACCCAAAUCACUUUUUAGAUAAGGAUGGGAAGUUCAUUGAACGGGAAGAAUUUCUGCCAUUUGGAAUAGGUCAACGUAUAUGUGUGGGAGAGCUGCUAGCAAGAAUUGAGAUUUUCAUCUUUCUGACCAACUUGUUGAGGACCUUCAGCUUCCAGUUGCCUGAAGGAGUGAAAAAACUCAAUGAAGUACCUGUUGUAAGAGCAACAGUGCAGCCACACCCUUACAAACUGUGUGCUAUUCCCAAAAAGGCUUAAACUUAAACACCAUAAAAAGCAUACACUUAUUCAAAUAGUAGCUAUUAUGAUAAAUGUUUCCUCUAUAUUUCUAUUCACUUAAUAUUGUUCUUUGCUUCUAUUUAGUCAGUACCAAAACUUAUGUUUGACCAUUCUGAUUCAUAGUUGAGGUCUUUUUGAAGGGUAGCAAUAUUGUCUGUGGUGUUGAAUAGCUUU